GGCGGCGGCGGCAGACUCCGAGCAUGACUGACCGGCUGAUGAGCAAAGCAGCCACCAUGGAGAUCCCCAUCCACGGCAAUGGUGACUCCCGGCGGCUCCCUGAGGACGAUGGGCUGGAGCAGGAUCUGCAGCAGGUGAUGGUGUCGGGGCCCAACCUGAACGAGACCAGCAUCGUGUCCGGGGGCUACGGGGGCACAGCCGAGGGCAUCAUCCCCACCAGCUCGAUCAAAGGCGCCAAUUUGCACCAGCCACACCCCAACCCGGCCCUGACUGGGGAGGAGGCCACGCGGGGGAUCGCCGUGGAGAAGUUCGACGUCGUCAAGAAGUGGGGCAUCAACACGUACAAGUGCACAAAGCAGCUGCUGUCGGAGCGCUUUGGGCGUGGCUCGCGCACCGUCGACCUGGAGCUGGAGACGCAGAUCGAACUGCUGCGGGACACCAAGCGGAAGUACGAGUGCGUCCUGGGCCUGGCGCGGGCGCUCACCAGCCACUUCUACAGCCUGGUGCAGACCCAGCACGCCCUGGCCGACGCCUUCUCCGACCUCAGCCAGAAGUCCCCUGAGCUCCAGGAGGAGUUUGGGUACAACGCGGAAACCCAGAAGCUGCUCUGCAAGAACGGAGAGACCCUCCUCGGGGCAGUCAACUUCUUUGUGUCCAGCAUCAACACCCUGGUCAACAAAACCAUGGAGGACACGCUCAUGACCGUCAAGCACUACGAGACAGCCAGGCUGGAGUAUGAUGCGUACCGCACAGACCUGGAGGAGCUGAACCUGGGCCCGCGGGAUGCCGGCACACUCUGCCGCUUGGACGCUGCGCAAGCCAACUUCCAGGCCCAUCGCCUCAAGUACGAGAAGCUUCGGGCGGACGUGGCCGUGAAGCUGAAGUUCCUGGAGGAGAACAAGGUGAAGGUGAUGCACAAGCAGCUGCUGCUCUUCCACAAUGCCAUCUCCGCCUACUUUGCCGGCAACCAGCAGCAGCUGGAGCAGAGCUUGAAGCAGUUCAGCGUCAAGCUGAAGACCCCUGGAGCAGACAAGCCCUCCUGGCUAGAGGAGCAGUGA